AUGGUAACUCCGGUAGCGCAAGUUCUCUAUUGCCUCUCUCAAGAACAGCAAACCCCAUCGGAAGUUCGGCAUGAGCUCGAGGCACUGUCGGCGCUAUUAAAAUGGACAGCUUCUUGCCCUAACCGUAAAUCGGUCUGUCAGGUGUUACGACUAGCUCGAAUUCUUUUCCGUGAUCGUGGCUGUAUUAGUGUAUUUCACUCCGUCAAAGAACAUCAUAACUAUGUUCAGUUCGCUAGCUACCUCUCAAGAAAUUUUUUAAACUACGAGACUGAGUAUGCUCAAGCAGCUGGAUUGCUUCUUAACGUUACCCAGAAGUUGAUCCAUGAUGCGGAGACAGCUUCGCUAUUUGUUCGGGUGCAACUGGCGAAAUGUAUGCUUCGUUUCCUCGCUUCUCGAGAUAUGUCUAUACAGCAAGCAGCGCUUGAAAUACUCGGGCGACUGGCCGACUGGUCCGCUGUCUGUAGGGUAGAGCUUUGCGCUACAACUGCCAUCGACAUCUGCUUACAGCUGAUUCCACAAGGAGAUCUACUAACUCAGAAAUUAUGUGUGAGUCUGCUUCGUAUCUUGUCAUGUGAGGAGCAAGCGCGAGAACAAAUUCGGAUUUACGAUGGGGUACCCAUACUCGUAGGGUUGCUAUCAGUAAGAAAUUCUCGACUACAAUGGCAUGUUGCUUGGUCGUUGGCACAACUUGCGGAAGAUGUGGAGACAUCUGUAGAGAUUGUUCAACUCGGUGGAAUUUCACUUGUAUUAGCCGAAUUUGCAACCUUGAAACCGCCCGCAAAGGCACUGAACGACUGGAUUGCAAUGCUAACUGGUCUUUGCGCGCUGCUGGCCCAGCUCUGCCAAUGUGAUUCGAAUCAGCGUCAACUUGUCUCCAACAAUGGGGUGUACCUUCUCGGGCGUGCCCUUCUGCAAGGCACUGAAGAUGAACGAUUACAAGACAAUCAAAGUUGGAGGACUACGCAGGUCGGAGCUUCAGAAAAUGUCUUUUUGCUUUUUAUACACUGUGUUUACAUUUUCUGCGUAUUCGUGUCACUGCACUAUACUCAACAAGUGCGGAAAUUUAAUUAG